GAUAUAUAAAAUCAAAACGUACUCCUCGUUCGUUCAAUGCAUUCCGUUAAAUAUGCUCAGUAUAAUAUUUUCAUUUGCGAUAGCAAUUUGUUCUAUUUCUAAAGUGACCAAUGCUUUCAAAACUUGUCAAGAUUCAGAUGACUGUGAAUCGGAUGAAUGCUGCAUUAAAUGGGGGAUCUUUAGGAAUGUACCCAAUUCUUGCCGGAAACUUCUUGAAGAAGGUGAAACAUGCAUUGACCCUGAAAACCGGUUCCAGUUUCGAGAUGGGAGCUACUUUUAUAAAUGCCCUUGCAAAACCAAUUUAAAAUGUGUCGAUGGACAAACAAUACAUUUUCCACGUCUUGGUCCUGUAGCUUAUGGCAAUAAAUGUGUAUCUGAAGAAUCUGAAAACGAUGCUGAUGAAUCAUCAAAGAAAUAGAUAUUGAACUUUUUUGAAGAAGAAGAAGAAUCCCUUUAAACGAGUUCUUUUUAACUAAAGAAUAAAAAAUAUGCUAAUUAUCAGUUAAGAGAAUAAAACUGUUAACCAAUUAGGAACUCCUACUUUUGCUUUAACAAUCUAACUACCAACACUUAAUUA